AACAAAUAAACGAACAAACAAAUAUUUGUUGUAUCCCGAUUAUUCAAGAAAUAUUAAUCAAUCAACCAAUUACUUUAUUAAUAUUCUUUGCAGCGACGCUUAUCAUCAGGCGGUUAUUAUGAAAGGCAACCUAUAUAAAAUGUCUCGUAACAAGGACAAAUAUGAAAGUGCAAAUCGUAGACAACAGAUCUUUAUGUCACCUGAAGAUGUGGCUGCUGGCAAAAAAUCCAAUUGGACAGGCAUUGAAAUUACAGGUUGCGUCCGUAACAUCAGUCCUUCUCUGUGGGAAUUUGAACACUUAACCGCAUUAUAUUUAAAUGAUAAUCAUUUAUUGCGAUUGCCCGCCGAUAUUGGCCUAUUGGUAAAUUUACGCACAUUGGACGUAUCGAGUAAUAAAUUGCGUAGCUUACCAGCUGAAUUGGGCGAAUUAAUACAGUUGAGAGAACUUUUAUUGAAUAACAAUUUUCUCCGCGUAUUGCCAUAUGAAAUUGGCAAAUUAUUUCAUUUGCAUGUUUUGGGUUUAAUGGGCAAUCCAUUACAGAAGGAAUUUCUCUCCAUAUACAAUGAACCGAACGGUACACAGAAAUUAUUAACAUAUAUGCUGGAUAAUUUGUCAAUUUCUGUAACACCACCACCUCAGAGGCCAUGGAUACCUUUGGCGAAACCCAACAAGUCCAGACCAGCAUGUCUCUUCACAGUCAUGUGUUACAAUGUGCUGUGUGACAAAUAUGCCACCCGUCAAAUGUACGGCUAUUGUCCAUCGUGGGCUUUGAAUUGGGAAUAUCGCAAAAAGGCCAUACUCGAUGAGAUACGUCAUUAUUCGGCAGAUAUUAUCAGCUUGCAGGAAAUCGAGACGGAACAGUUUUAUAACUUUUUCCUGCCCGAGCUAAAGAAUGAUGGCUAUGAGGGCAUCUUCUCGCCAAAGUCCAGAGCCAAGACAAUGUCUGAAGUGGAACGUAAAUAUGUGGAUGGUUGCGCUAUAUUUUUUAGGACCUUAAAAUUCUCUCUCAUCAAAGAGCAUUUAAUUGAAUUCAAUCAAUUGGCCAUGGCUAAUGCUGAAGGUUCGGACAACAUGUUGAAUCGUGUUAUGCCCAAAGACAAUAUUGGUCUGGCCGCAUUGUUGAAGGUCAAGGAUAAUGCCUGGGAUCCCGAAUUGGAUGUAACCCAGACCUCGCAAGCACUGUUGGUGUGCACCGCCCACAUUCACUGGGAUCCCGAAUUCUGUGAUGUCAAACUGAUUCAGACAAUGAUGUUGAGCAAUGAAUUGAAAACAAUUAUUGACGAGGCCAGUCACAGCUUCCGACCUGGCCAUAAAAACGAUUUGAACAGUGUACAGCUAUUGUUGUGUGGCGAUUUCAAUUCUCUGCCCGAUUCCGGUGUUGUGGAAUUUUUGAGUAAGGGCCGUGUCAAUAUGGAUCACAGCGAUUUCAAAGACAUGGGUUACAAGUCAUGUCUGCAACGUCUGCUCUCGAAUGACACCUCAGAAUUUACGCAUUCCUUUAAGUUGGCCUCGGCCUACAGUGAGGACAUAAUGCCGUAUACAAAUUACACCUUUGAUUUUAAGGGCAUUAUCGAUUAUAUUUUCUACACAAAGACGGGCAUGGUGCCGUUGGGUCUACUGGGGCCCAUAUCGAAUGAUUGGCUGCGCGAAAAUAAAGUUGUUGGCUGUCCGCAUCCGCAUAUACCCUCCGAUCAUUUUCCACUGUUGGUGGAAUUGGAACUGAUGCAUACGGCAAGUCAACAGUUGCCACCAAAUGGUUUGAUUAGUCGGCGGUAGCAAUAAAAAUUAUAUGGGAAGACAACGUUAACAGCCUUUAGUAAUAGUAGUAGUAGCAAGAACAACAACAACAACAAAAACA